AUGCCGCGACCGUGGAUCUGUCGCACUUGUCGACUGCAACCAAGACCAGGCCUGCACCGUCGCUCCAUCACCACCACCUCCGCCUUCCGAAAUAUUGCUUCUGCUUCUGCGUCUGCCACCCCUGUCCAUUCCUCGAUCUCCAAGGGUUCCGACGACAAUACUCUCCGUCGGGUCUUCGACUCGCAGUCCUUUUGGCGCGAUUUCUCCGAGUCGUCAUCCUUCUCUCCCGACCGGAAGCCGACCGGCCUUGUACAGAAUCAGUACUUGGCGAGUCCCGAUGGAUUCCGCGCCUUCGCGCAGGUAUCGCUGCAGAAAUGUCAGGCGAUAGUAUCUCGAGUCCUCGCUGCGUCGACGGUCGACGAAUACCGGGGUUUAGUACGUCAGUUGGACCGUCUUAGCGACCUGCUGUGUCGCGUCAUAGAUCUGUCCGACUUUAUCCGGGCCUUUCAUCCGGAUCUGCCCGUCCAAGAGGCGGCCAGUCAGGCAUAUGCCUUGAUGUUCGAGUAUAUGAAUGUGCUCAACACCACAACCGGCCUACAUGAUCAACUACGUGCGGCACUGAAUAAACCGGAUGUCACGGCACAUUGGUCCUCCGAGGAGACCAUUGUCGCCCGUAUUCUUCUCCAGGAUUUUGCCAAUUCGGCGAUUCAUAUGCCUCCGCCUGAGCGGCAGCGAUUUGUCACUCUUUCCAACGAGAUCAGCCAACUUGGGUCUGCCUUUGCCCAUGGCGCGGAACCAGCGCGGUCGCAUGUCGUUCUGCCCACGAAUGACCUUCGUGGCCUGGAUCCUAUGUUGAUUCAGCAGAUCAGGCGAUGGAACCCCCGUUCCGCCGCUGUUCCUACUUCCGGGUUGAUUCCGCGCUUAGCCCUACGUUCCGCUCACGAUGAGAGAGUUCGUCGCGAGAUCUACCAGGCUACACGCACCGCAAGCUCACGGCAGGUUGAGCGUCUUGAACAGUUGCUGGCCAAGCGCACGGAACUCGCCAAGCUCGCGGGCUUCGAGACCUUUGCGCAUAUGACCCUGAAUGACAAGAUGGCCAGAAGCCCUGCUGCUGUUUCCGAAUUCCUAACCACUCUCAUGACGAGCAACCGUCCGGAUGUUCACGAAGAAUUGGCCCAGCUACAGGCACAAAAGGGGAGCCAGCUGCAGCCCUGGGAUCACGCAUACUACGUUCACAAGCGCGUACGACAAUAUGAAACCUCCCAACAGACCCGCAAAUCACGGGAGUUGGCUGCCAUCCCCGAGUUCUUUUCACUUGGAACAGUAAUGCAGGGAUUGUCUCGUCUGUUUGAUCGCCUUUAUGGCGUUCGUUUGGUUCCCCGUGAGACUUCUCCUGGCGAGACCUGGACAUCCGAUGUUCGCCGUCUGGAUGUAGUAGAUGAGGCAAAUCGUCCACUAGCCGUCAUCUACUGCGACUUGUUCUCUCGCCCUGGAAAACACCCUAAUCCGGCUCAUUUCACUUUGCGAUGUGCCAGAGAGAUUACUCAAGAGGAGAUUGCCGAGUCCGCAGCGAUGGACGGAUCCGAGAUUGUAGCCCACCCGAACGAUGGUAUGGCGACAGCAAUUGAUGCGGAAUCCAAAACACUCCGUCAAUUACCUACCAUUGCUCUCGUGUGCGACUUCCCCGAGCCUUCGUCUUCCACGCCAUCACUGCUUAGCGAGCACAGCGUGCGCACGCUCUUCCACGAGAUGGGACACGCCCUGCACUCUAUUCUGGGCCAGACCCGGUUACAGUCCAUCUCGGGUACGCGUUGCGCAACCGACUUCGCCGAACUGCCGUCGGUAUUGAUGGAACGUUUCGCGACCGACCCGUCCGUGCUAGCCCUCUACGCUCGCCAUUGGCAAACCGACCAACCCCUAUCCGAAGCCAUGAUCCACCAUAUGGCUCAGGACCGGGCCGCACACGGCGCCAUCUACGGGGCAGUCGAAAAUGAGGCCCAAAUUCUCAUGGCACUCGUCGAUCAAGCCUAUCACACAACCACUACCGAAAACUCCUUCCUUGACACCACCCAGCUCUAUCAGCAGGUCUACUCAACGCACGCCAGCCUUCCAGACCCAGUAGACGAGCAUGGCCGCCCUACGACCUCCUGGCAGGGGUUCUUCGGGCACCUGUACGGAUACGGCGCCACGUACUACAGCUACAUCUUUGACCGCGCCAUCGCUAACAAGCUGUGGGAAGACGUGUUCGGGGCUGGAGCUGCAGCCGUUGACCGCUCCGCUGGAGAACGAUACAAGAAUGAGGUUCUGCGGUGGGGUGGUGGGCGCAACGGAUGGGAAUGCGUUGCCGGGGUCCUUGGAGCGCAGAACCCGUCAAACACCAACGGUCGUCUUGUCGAGGGAGGCGACGAGGCGAUGCGUGAAGUUGGAAGCCACAUGCACGGCACUGUAAGUGAUGUGAUCUCCAGCAGGGAUGCGACAGUAGCGCCACUGCAACGCCCGUCAGGAGGCUUGGGACGACGUCGUCCACCAUUCCAGCCUCUAAAACCUUGGAGUGCGGAGUACGUCGCCCUCGUCGGCUUAUUUCUCGCUCGCACCCCCAGUCUCGCUCCUACUGGAUAUACAUUCUGGAUGUCUCACUUCCCCCCCAACGCCGUUACUCAACCCACUUCAGGUCUUUUCUUGAACACGUCAGACAAGUACCACUACUACAGCUACAUUUCCCUCGUGGGCAAAGUUGUCCAUGUUCUCCCCCGGGAAGCUCGCAGUAUAGGCGAGGGGGCUAUGCUACGUUCCACAACAAUAAUGUAG